AUGGCCUUUCCUAGUCUCAAAUAUCUAGGCUGUUUCUCUCUCUCCCUCCCCCUCGGCCUGUUGAUAUGCUCGCCUUUCAAGACCACGGUCGCCGCUCACACCACCGACAUUGAGAGUCUAGUACGUCCAACCCAGCAACAGCAACUGCAAGAAAAAUUCCUGCUACCUCCGAAUUCUCCUUCCGCUCCUCCACCAUCUCCAGCCUUUAUCUCGUCCGAAUCAGACUCAAAUCCGCCGCUCAACACUUUCACCAUCUCGACCGUACUCAACGAUCCAUCCCCACCAUAUGCCGCCAAGAUUCAAUGCUGGCGCUUGCUUAAUAGCAUCUUCCACACAUAUCCCACUGUCGGUAAGGCGGCCUUCCUCGGCGACGUGUCCAAUCUCACAUAUGUUGUCCUUCCACCUCGUAGUGGAGAGGGAUGGCAUCGUCCACCGGCUCCCAUGUUUUUCGUCCUCGUCAGCGGCGAAGCGCACGUGUCGACUCCGAAACCCGAUCAAAGUGGUGAUUAUAUUUCUACGAAAUCACCAAACAUAGCGGUCGAUGCUGAUACCGAUCCCAAUCUCGACAUCGACACCGACACCGACAUGACUACCAACGCUGAUAGCGCCACUCGUAAUCUCUACAUAACCCCUUCACGCAACUCGGUCAUCCUCGCCCUUGAUACCGAUCUGCGCGCGCCGGGUCAUCUGACUUUCUAUCCUGGUCGUACAGAGACGGUCGCCUUACAGAUCCCUCUAUCAUCUUCACUUGGCCUGCAUGGCACGACUGAAGAGAGUGCACAUGACCAGCUUUCCGUGUCUAGCAUCGAGUAUGAGGUGGUCAGUGAUGGGCCAUGUGAAUAA